AUGAUUGCAAAUUUCUAUCGGAAACACAAGACCAAAUUAUUAUGGGCAGGUGUGAUUGGUGGUUUGGUGAGCGUGGGUGGAGGGAUUGCCUAUUAUUGGUAUCGGAAGAAGAAGGAUGAAGAGAAGGAGAAAGCUAAGAGAGAACAACAGAUGAGAUAUUUAUUUUCCGAGAAUAAUAAUACUGCCAAAGUAGCCUUGUUAUCUGUAAUACCACAGCUGUUGGAAGAAAUUGAGAAAGCCUAUCCAACGCAAUCUUUGGUAGAAGAAUUAAAGACACAAAAGAAUUUAUCAACGGAACGAAAAAAGAAGCUUUGGGAGAAAAUCAAGCUUGAAUCAUUCACAAGAGUUAUUUCUUCUAUCUAUGCUCUGUGCAUGAUGGAUACCAUCUUGUCAAUACAAAUAUCAAUGAUCGGAAGACACUUGUAUAUGGAACACACUUACAAGAACAAGAAAAUUGAAGAAGGAAUUGAAGAUGAAAGACUCAAGAAUCACUUAUCGCUUUCCUCUGACAGAAGAACACAACAUCGAUUCUUAGGAUACGCUGCUCAUUUCCAGAAUGUUGGUCUCCCAACAUUGAUAUCAUUGGUGGAGUCUGUUGUUAAGGCUCAUAUUUCUGACUUGUCACUCAAGCAUCUUUUCGCCAUAAACGAUUUUAAGGAAUUGGUGGAAAAUGUCAGGAAAAAUGUAGAGCAAAAAUUGGACUUUCCUCCAUCCUCCACAACAAACAAUGCAGGCCCAAAAAUUGCAGAAUUAUUACUGCCUGAUCUGUCUCAAAUUCCUGAAGCUGAACAAUCUGACACUAAUGCUGGAGACAACAAAAAUAGCUAUUCUUCAGCCCUUAACAAGUCCACCAAAGAAGAAAAUGACAAGGUUCUAAAGCUAUUGUACGAGUUGUCAGAUCUCAUUGAAUCACCAGAAUAUUUUAAUGUGUUCAGAGAGACUUGCAAUAGUGCAUUUGCUGUGUUAUAUGGACGAAUGGAAGAACAAAUUACCAAGACUGCUAAAAGAAGUGAAGAUGUGGAUGCUCCACUCCGUUUACCAAUGGUCAAUGUUAGCACAUGGUUAACAAAAGAACUGAGAGUGAUUAUGAGCAAGAAGGAAGAUUUGGAUCUUUCAGAGCCUGGUUACGUAGAACAGAUUCAUACAAGCCCAUUUCUGACCAAAUAUAGCGUACUUAUUUAUGCCAGAGAUUUGCUUCUCUACGAGUAG